AUGGCCUCCAGUAUUUCAAUGAAAAGUUACUCUCUUGGCCGUCAGCCCUCCUUUUCCAGUCGUUCUCUGAUGGACACCGGCCGCGCUCGCUCUCGGGCUUCUGUGUCAUUCGCUGCAGUGAGCCCGCUCACCCGUUCAGCUUCCAUCAGCCAGGAUCUCAAUGGGCCAGCCAGCCUUCAAAUUAAUGGACUGCAUGGCAACAGCACCAAUGAGAAGGAAGCUAUGCAGAGUCUCAACAACCGUCUGGCCAACUACCUGGACAAGGUGCGCUCACUGGAGCGCUCCAAUGCUGACCUGGAGAUGAAAAUUAAGCAGCUGAUGCUCGAACGCAUUCCCAAAGGUCAUGACCUCGAUUCCAUGAUGGCCCAAGCUCAUGCCGUUGAGCAAGAGGUGAGGAAGAGGACCUUGGAAAAUGCUCGUCUCAUGCUAGAGAUCGAUAAUGCUAAACUGGCCGCUGAUGACUUCAGAAUCAAAUGGGAGACUGAAAUGGUGAUGUGCCAGUCUGUGGAGCGAGACUGUAUUGCCCUAAAAAAGGCCAAGACCGACCACGAGCAGAUCAUCGCCUCUUUGAGGGGGGAUCUGGACAGCCUGAAAGAGGAACUUUACUUCCUUAAGAAAAACCAUGAGGAGGAACUUGAGCAGAUGAAGUCUCGUAUUGCCAGAGAUGAGGUGAAUGUGGAGGUGGACUCUGCCACCGGGCCUGAGCUGGGCACCGUUCUGUCUGAGCUGCGCUCCCAGUAUGAAGGGAUUGUGAAGAAGAACAAGGAGCAGGCGGAGCAGUGGUACCGCAAAAAGCUGGAGACUAUGCAGAACGAAGUGAAGGAGAGCAACGAGGCUCUGAGAGGAGCUCAGGGAGAGCUGACCGAGAGGCAGCGCUUCCUGCAGACCCUGGAGGUGGAGCUGGAGAGUCUGCACAAACAGAUAGCAGCUCUGGAAGGGAACCUGGGUGAGACAGGUCAGAAGUAUUCUGCUGAGAUGGAGCGGCUGCAGGUCACCCUGAGCCAGCUGGAAGACGACCUCUCCCAGCUCAGGCUGGACAUGCAGCGCACCAAGACCGACUACGAGCAGCUCCUUCGCAUCAAGCAGAACCUGGAGAUGGAGAUCGCCACCUACAGACGCCUGCUGGAGGGAGAGGAAUCAGUCAAAGAAAUCCCUCCUCCACCAAAAAACGAGCCCGACGUCCGUACCAGGAAGAUUGUGAAGGUGGUGACUCAGACCAUGGUCAAUGGCAAGGUGGUGGACGAAUCCAGUGAGGUGGAGCAAAUCGAGGAGUCGAAGAAAUAGAAGAAGCAAAGAAGCAGCUGAAAUUUUAAAAUGAUCAAAAUCUGAAGCAGAAUUUAGAACUUUCUUGCAAAAAAAAAAAGAGAGAAAGAGAAAAAAAAGAAAGAUUAGCAUCUGCCUCAUAAUUAUGAAUUUUGAAACUGAAGCUUCAGCAUCAUUAGUUUUACAAAAAGGAGCAUUUUUUCAGGCACUAUAACUACUGACUGUAAAUGUCCUGAUUCCCAUCACCCCACAGGUUUAUCAGUAAGAAAAAUGGUUCAGAUGUAACUAAAAUAAAAGCUAUGCUUGAGUUUAUGAAUUUUAGAUAGAAAUGUGUGUGAGGAAAUAACUAACCACUGCUAUAUCUGACUGUUUUGCUAAUAAAAGGUUUUGUAGGCAAACAAGAGAUUUAAUUCUUAGUGUGAUAACGUUCAUUUAUUAAGUGUUAUACUCUGUGCCUCUGUUCCUUUUACAACAAUUUCUUUUCUGCUGUCUGCUGUUUGCAUUCUGAAUACAAAGACACAAUAAAUUCAUCAUGUGUCCUACUUCUUUAUUCCGCCAAUCUUGGGAUAACUGACAGGCAUCCUAAAGGCUUCAUGAGGCUGUGCUUCAGCGCAGAGGUGCUUUGCUUGAAUUUUUCCAUGUUCGACAGGUAUUUUAGCCAAAGUUAAUAUGGUUUGGACAUGUGGAGGGGCAGUGAAUACACUGGACAAAGGAUACCAGUUUAAGUCAAACCAGCGCUGUGUCUCAGUCACAGGAUUUGCAUCAUUAUUCAGAUUCUUUAAAAAAAUGCUUCUGUUAUGGUCCCGGGGUUUUGUGCACUUGAGUUUCUAGUAGAAUUUUAGGUUUUGAUUUCUGUCUACAUUUUCUUUGUGUUUUUUGGUGUUUGAAGUUUUAUAUUCUCAUUUUUCAGGUGCUCUGUUUGGCUGCUGUGUUUCCUAGUUUUGUUUAUAGUAUAGGUUUUGAUUUACUCAGUUUCCAGACCCAUUAAUCUUGGUUAACCUUUAGUUCAAGUUACCGGUUGUCCUUGUCUGCACCUGUAUCUCGUUAUCUGCCUGGCCAAUUCCCUGAUUGCCGUCAUGUGCAUAAAUAAUCCCGUCUUCCUUGUAGCCUUUGUCACAUUGUCUGUUUACCCACCCUCAUGUGCUUCAUGUCUGGAUUUAGUUUGUGU